AAUACCGUACAUUAUAUUAUCAACUUUAUAGAGAGUACACUGCUCUUUGCAUAUUUAUUCUAUACACACAUUGGACAUGCGGAGCAUAGCCAAAAAUUAAACAGUUCGCCGAUUUCAUGUUGAACAGUAAACUCGGGAGUUAUUUGUGUUGAUUAUCUGUUUUGCUUUAAGACUCUUGACCCAGUUUUUAAUGAUUGAGAACAUUUACGCUCGCAUAGUAUUUAAAAUGUGACAGUGAAAGGUGUAUCAUAUAUGAAUAUAUUUAGUUAUAGGAUAAUUAACUGUUAUAGAAUAGUUUAAACAAGCCGAUUGGAUAUUUUAAGUGACUUUAUUGACUGACAGUGCACGUCAGGGCGAAUAAUAAUAUACAAACUAAGAUGGAGGCGAUAGCAGACGACCUUUGGAAGGUAUACAAUAAAGAAUGGCGGGAAGCUCGUCUAUCAUUGAAAAUCCACAAACACGAUGAAGAGAUUAUAUAUCUGCUAAUGCAGCUUGUCAGGGGAAUAUAUGAGUUCUGUCAGAAUGAAACAAAAGAAUCACACCACAAGAAAAAAACAGAGCAGCUGACUGAGAUUUAUCUUCAUCAAAAACUUCCGCCAUCAUUUAACAAGGACCACGUGACAAAUCCAAUUCGGUCAUUUGUACACAGCUGUAUACGAUGCUUAUAUCACAUGUGCUCAUUAAAACAUUCCCCUCUCUAUAUAUACUGGAUUCCUAAAGGAGAAAUGAUUGAUAAAAACAAAUUUGAAAUAGAAGGUGACAAAGACAAACAUGUUUGUGAUUGGACUGUAUGGCCAGCUGUGAUGAAAGAAGACGGAACCGUGCUGAAGAAAGGAGUUGUCAUUCCUGUUUGAGUCUUUGUUUAUGGAAUAAUAAGGAUAUUAUAUUAUGUAGGGGACUCUCUUUAUCAUAUUUAGAAAAGUGUUUGCCA